AGUAUCAGACCGGCAGCUAACAUGGCAUCCAAAGAUAUUGCCAAUGCUGACACAAACCCAAUUUCCGAGCAUUUGACGACCAGUGAAGCCGGAUCAUCCUCUCGUGAUCCUAAGCGAGGAGAUCAAAAUUCCGAGGGGAAAGCGCGUCAAGUAUUUCGAUCCAUCCAAAGAUAUGCAUGGGACGACCCAGACAUCCCGAAAGAAAGGAAAUGGUUCCUUUUCAAGCUCGAUCUAUUCUUGCUCACUUCGGCAUGUCUGGGCUACUUUAGUAAGAAUCUGGAUCAAUCCAACAUAUCGAACGCCUAUGUCUCGGGAAUGAAAGAGUCUCUCAACAUGCAAGGCAGCGAACUCACCUACGCCAGUAAUGUGUUCACCGCCGGAUACGUUGUCGGCCAACUUCCCGCUGUCAUGCUCGCAACGCGUAUUCGCCCAUCAAUCUUGAUCCCUUCCCUAGAAAUUCUUUGGUCAACAUUGACUUUCUGUUCUUCCGCUGUCACUACAUAUAACCAACUCUAUGCGAUCCGCUUCCUUAUCGGCCUCUGCGAGAGCGGGUACUUUCCCGUCAUGAUCUAUUUAGUAGGCAGUUGGUACACCAAAUCUGAGCGCGGAAAGCGUGUCGCGCUUUUCUACUGUACUGCGUCACUCGCAGGAAUGUUCAGUGGAUAUUUACAGGCUGGCGCGUACAAGAAUCUGGAUGGUGUAAGUGGAAGAGAGGGGUGGCGAUGGCUGUUCAUCAUCUGCGGGAUUAUCUCGUUGCCGAUUGCGUUCCUCGGGUACUGGUUCAUCCCCGACUUCCCAGAGACGACGAGAGCGUUUUACAUUACUAAGGAAGAAGCGGAGUCUCAAUGCGAGAGACUGAAAGAGGAGGGACAGAAACCGCUUGGACAUAAUCCGUGGAACCGAAAGAAAUUGUUGAAAGUGAUCAAGCAGUGGCAAUUUUGGGUACUGCCGCUCGGAUACUUCUUCGUACAGGGCAGUCACGCUGUCCACCAACCGGUCAUGGCUCUUUGGUUGAAGUCGCAAGGGAAAUCAGUAUACGAGAGGAAUGUAUGGCCGACGGGACAGGUUGCCGUUGGCGUCGUUAUCCAAAUUCUUGCGGGAAUGUUGUCGGACUCACCAUUGCUGAAAGGUCGUCGGUGGCCUGCUAUAAUCGUUAUGCAAGCGGGCGCUUUGUUUGGAAACGCUGUACUCGCGACUUGGAAUGUCUCGAAUCGGCUAAAGUAUGCGGCGUAUUACUUUUCGUUUUUCACUGCGGGAGUACCCGGGCCUUACUUCGCUUGGUAUUCCGAUCUCAUUCCACACGAUCAUGAGAUGCGUGGGUUUAUCAUUGCGGCGUCCAACAUGUUUAGCUACAUCAUGGUUAUCUGGUAUACGCUUGCGGUGUGGAGGACAAUUGACGCGCCGAGGUUUAGAGCUGGAUUUAUCGCCGCUGUAGUGCUCGGUUCAGCUAUGAUAAUCUUGGUGUUGAUAUUGCGAAUGCUGCAAAAGAAGGAUGAAAGGAGUAGAGACUAUGAGUCGGAGGGUGCUAACGAUGUUGAAUCAUCAACUAGUGGAGGUGGCAGGGGGCUUACGGAGACGGGAGUGGCGAAAGAUUGA